AUGAAUCUGUACGCCGUAGGCUUCAAUGCAUGGAAUCAGCUCAAUUUUGAUACCAUACCAGCUGAUGAAGAGCUGGAUGAUUUGUUCACUUUCACCAAGGUCCUGGCAGACAAAUCGGUUGGCCAUGUUGUUUCCAAGAUACACUAUACUGCAGUGCAGCGAAAUGAUACUUGGGCCUUGGCCGGGUCAUGCCCCAGCAAGCUUCUCCAUCGCGAGGCCGAUAGUACAUAUUUGUUCGACUUACCAAGUGCCGAAUCAGGAGAUGGGAAAGUUUUGACUGUUCAGAACUUAGACUCUGGACAUCCUACUCAUGCCAUUGUUCAAUACCCAUCGUUGGCGGCAUGGGGAGCCAACGAGCACACUGAGAAAUGGUCUUGCAAGUCACCGGUUCGUCAAAUAGCUGCUUACGAUACUGGCUUCGUGAUGUUACUCGAGGAUGGGACCGUACUUAGCUGCGGUGAUUUUCGAUUUCCAGACUGUCUUGGCCGCGAGGUCGAUGAAUCAUGUCCUGCCCAUGUACCAUGUCCUAUAGAGGAUCUAAGUGACCUCGGUGAAUCCAUCAAGAAAGUAUCUGCAGGAGGGUACACUCUUGGGGCUCUGACAGACAGUGGUGGGCUGUACCUCUGGGGCAUGAAACCUCCUGGUUCACAAAGUCGACACACCGCAUUCACUGAUCUUGGCCCUAUGCCAAGCUAUGUGGAAGUCGACGGGGAGAAAGACGUGCAGGACUUUGCAAUUGGGGAGUCAUAUGCUAUUGCCCUUACUACUGAUGGUUGCGUUUAUGUCAUAGGGGAUAACACUAAUGGCCAGAUUGGUCUUGGCAAACCCGUGAAACAGAGUGCAUUAUGGUCAAAGAUAGAUUUUAUACUCCACCCAGACGAGGAGGUGGUGGCUAUUGAAGCUGGUCCAAGGGCAUCGUUUAUAGUGACAGCAAAGACGGAAUCAAUAUAA